UAAACCUGAGCACACCCUAACCGUGUGACGUCAUGAAGAUCCCGUACCAGAUGGAGAAAAAUCCGGGGCCAGCACGCGCCAGGUUUAGGCGAGAAGAAGAGAGCAACAGGUGUGUGCGGUGUGUGUCCAGUCUGGGACUCAAGACUGGCAUCGGCGUGUUUGUGGCGGUGGUCAUCUUGUCCUUUGGCCUGUCUGCCUGGAACCUCGCACCUGUCCAGCGUGCUGUGCCAGCAGUACCAGGUGAGCGUGGACAACGGUCGUGCCGUGACCUACUUACUGGACGCUGAUAACAUGGUCACCUCACCUACCAGGGACAUCCUCACACUCCAGGUAGACAAGUUCUCACCAAGUCCUAACCGCACCUUCUACCUACUGGCGGGGUCUGAACUGAGCGUCUCGGCGUGUGCUACGCCCCUACCCCUACACCAACCGGCCUCCCAGUCCCUCGCUACUGUGGUCAUCGAGGAAAAGCACUACUAUCGGGACCUGUACCAGGUCUCAAGGACCUUCACCUUUGACCU